AUGAUCAUGAGCUCGUAUUUGAUGGACUCUAACUACAUCGAUCCGAAAUUUCCUCCAUGCGAAGAAUAUUCGCAAAAUAGCUACAUCCCUGAACACAGUCCGGAAUAUUACGGCCGGACCAGGGAAUCGGGAUUCCAGCAUCACCACCAGGAGCUGUACCCACCACCGCCUCCGCGCCCUAGCUACCCUGAGCGCCAGUAUAGCUGCACCAGUCUCCAGGGGCCGGGCAAUUCGCGAGGCCACGGCCCGGCCCAGGCGGGCCACCACCACCCCGAGAAAUCACAGCCGCUCUGCGAGCCGGCGCCUCUCUCAGGCGCCUCCGCCUCCCCGUCCCCAGCCCCGCCAGCCUGCAGCCAGCCAGCCCCUGACCAUCCCUCCAGCGCCGCCAGCAAGCAACCCAUAGUCUACCCAUGGAUGAAAAAAAUCCACGUUAGCACGGUGAACCCCAAUUAUAACGGAGGGGAACCCAAGCGCUCGAGGACAGCCUACACCCGGCAGCAAGUCCUGGAAUUAGAGAAAGAGUUUCAUUACAAUCGCUACCUGACCCGAAGGAGAAGGAUCGAGAUCGCCCACUCGCUGUGCCUCUCUGAGAGGCAGAUCAAAAUCUGGUUCCAAAACCGUCGCAUGAAAUGGAAGAAGGACCACCGACUCCCCAACACCAAAGUCAGGUCAGCGCCCCCGGCCGGCGCUGCACCCAGCACCCUCUCGGCAGCCACCCAGGGCACUUCUGAAGACCACUCCCAGAGCGCCACGCCACCGGAGCAGCAACGGGCAGAGGACAUUACCAGGUUAUAA